AUGAACGUUCCCGUUACCCCAGCGCCCAGACGGCCAGGCAAUGCCGGCGUUUCGCUGCGAACCCAGCGUCCGACGACCUACUACGAUGGCGAGAAGGAUGCAUCAUCGGGUCCGCUCCCGACUGAAGGUGGUCGCAAACCUUCGCGGCCAGCGGCAGGGAUUGAUGGCCUCCCGGGAGGACCGAGACCUUCAGCCAAAGGAGGACAUCCUAAUCGGUUUCCUGCGUCCGAAAACACGAGCAAGGGAAUACCGAUCGAUCGACCUGGCGGUGCGCGUUCCACCGAGAAGAGUAAAAUUGGCGAAGCCCUGUUGAACAAACGACAAAGUGUUUCUUACGGCCAUGCCCAGCCCAAAAGCACCCCGCAACCCAUGCCGCCCAUGCCAGCAAUGCCCGGUCGCUUUGGUGGACACAGGAACGAUGACCGGAUCGCCGGUCGUGUCAGAAACCAAGUCUCAUCUGGAGCGCCCCUGAUUAAUAUCGAUAGUGAAACUUUGGCCCAAGGAGACUUUGACGCCGAAAAAUUCAUGAUGAUUCACUUGGCCACCUUAGGAGGAGGAGCCGCCGAGCCAGAAACCCUGAAGGCAUUCAAGGAUUCACUCCGUGCCACACAUCUGACCACCAACCAAUCACUCCAAGAAAACGCCUACAAGAACUACGGGGCAUUUGUUGCAAUCAGUAAGGAAAUUGCCACGCUGGAAAACGAAAUGUUGGAGUUGAAGUCUGUUCUGGAGGAAUUCAAAACUCUACCGAAUGAUCUGGAUAUGGGCCUGGGUACGAUGGCCGAAAGCAGCCUUUCGGGGGAGUCGAAACGGAAGGCGGCGAGGAACUCCAUUGCCGACGUGAACGCUCUCUACAGAAACCAACUCGAGUCGCUCUGGGAGAGCGUGGAAGGCUCACAGAAGUUCCUCCCGAUCCAGCCCGGCCGACAUAUCCUAUCUGAGACCAAGUCCUUCGUCGAGCUCAACCCAAUCACAUACCAGCCCAAGCAGGCUGUUCAUCUCUUCUUACUCGACGACAGCCUGCUGAUCGCAGUCCAGAAACAAAGCCGUUCAAGAACCGGAAAAGCCAAGCUGAUGGCCGAGAAAUGUUUCAAUCUGGCCCAAAUUUCGAUCGUCGGUCUGGAUGAUGGCCCCGAUCUUUCCAAUGCACUUCAGAUCCAACGCAAUCAGGAAAAGGUUAUUCUGCGAACCGAUCGCCCUCAGGAAAAGAGAGAACUUUUAGACUCCUUCAGAAGAGUAACCGAAGAGAUGGCUCGCAAGAAACGGAAGCAGAGCACUAUGGACAUUGGCAUUCCGAAUUCUGACCAUCCGUUUCGAGCCAGCCUCCUACUGUCCUCCCAAGGCUUGGAGGGUGGCGCGAGCCAGUUCCCUCCCGGGAAACUGCUGGGCUUGGGAAAGGAUGACCGGACACACAAGAUGUACAGCCGGGUCGGUGAUCUGCUAGACGAGGUGUCUGUAGGGAUAGCCUGUCGACGGUACGAGAAGGCAAUUGAGCACGUCGAGCUGGCCCGUAAGAUGGUGACCGAGUGGGCCGCGGGUGAGGCUGGGAUAGGGGAGGUUGUGAGUCCGUUGGAGGGACGCAUCGAGGCCCGGGCACAAGACCUGGCCGACCGAUUGCUGGCCGAGUUGGCCGAGACGAGCGUCAAGAAAGCCCACUUGGUCCGGACGGUCACGCUGCUUGGCCGGCUCGCCGGCCCAUCCGCGCCCGUCGAGCGUGCCAAGGAGGCCUUUCUCGUCAUGCGCUCCGAGCUCGUCCGGCGACAGAUUGGUCAGAUCAAGUUUGAGGGUGAUCUGGCCCUCUGGGUCUCUCAAACCUCCUUUGUCCUUUUCACCCUUGUCAAGAAUACGUGUGAAUGGUACAUGACCGCCUUCAGGGAUAACCGAUUGGCCUCUGGGUUCGUCAAAUGGGCCGUUGAUCAGCUCGACUUUUUCGGCGAAAUUUUCAGACGUCAAGUAUACGAAGGUGAUGAGGAUCAAUGGACGAUCAAAGAAUCGAUUUCUGUUACUCGAACGCACGCAGGCAUGUUGAAAGAAGUUGGAUUAGACUUCGGCUUCCUCUUGUCCAGCGUCUUGUCCAACCAAGCCCAAGCUAUCCGUAGCCGUCACCGUCUGACAACGACUGGCAAGCCUCGGGCCCUCUCUGCCGAUCCGGAACGUCCCCGCCGACUUCCAAGCACCCUUAUCCCUACAGAAUCGCGUUCCACAACGACGGACAACACUAACCGGCUGGGAUCGAGACCCAGUUUUCUUGGGGCUGCUUGA